AUGGAAUUUGUUAGCAGCUUUAAUCGAGAAUUCACUUCAGUGACAAAAUCAAGGACAUUUAAUAAAUCUGAUCAGCUGACUCCCAACAAGCAGUAUCAUUCUUUUACAGACAGGAAAAAGGUAGUUGAGGAGAUGGAAUAUCAAAAUAGUGAAGGUACUGAGGUGAUAAAUAGAGGGCUUAGUCCGAACUCUUCUCCCACCUCAGCAAGAUCUAGUUAAUUAGUUCAACAUUACAAUGCGGUAAGGGGAUUAGUAUGUGGAUUUAUAGCAGCAUGUUCAGCUGGGCUAUAGCUUGACCUCAUUAAAAUUAUGCUUUUCUAUACAGACAUUGGAGUAUUUGAGCUGGUUUACUAACGAUCUUUAACAGCUUUUAUAUUAGUCUCCUUGAUCCUUUACUAUCUUAAAAUUUCCCCAUUCGAAAUAGAUAAAAAAGCUCUGCCUUAUGCUUUCAUUAGAAUAAUAGGAUCUGCCGCUGGAUUUUUGCUAAUGAUAUUUUCCCUUGAAAUUAUACCUGUAUCUAAGACUGUAGUUAUUGUAUAUAACCCUUUUAUCUCCUCGUUGAUAUCAUAUGUGACAAUUGGAGAAAAGAUGUCAAAACACGAUAUCUUAUGCUUCUUAGUAUGUACUGUUGGAGUUGUUUUACUAACAGAUCCAUUAAAUAGCAAAAUAAUGAGCUAUAAAGAUAUACUAGGAAUAGUAUUGGCACUAGGCUCAGCAGUAAGUUUCAAUCUAAGUUAUGUUGCUUUGAGAAAAAUUAAGGAUAGACCAGUUAAUAGCUGGGUUUUAGUAUUUUACAUAAUGGUAAUUAACCUUGUAUUUAUGCCAGGAGUGUUUCUCACCUAUGAUGUCUAUAAGAACCAAUUCACUCAUUAUUCUAACGAAGUAUGGAUUCUUAUCAUUUUAACUGGAAUAUUAACCCUUUCUACCUUGUACUUCACUAACCUAAUGUUCUAUUAUGAAAAAGCUGGUAGAGGAGCAGCAUACAGCAAUUUUGAACUUAUAUUCACUUACUUUUUCGAUGUCUUUUACAUGAAAAAUAACUUUAAAUUCAUUGAAGUAAUUGGUGCAUGGCUAAUAGUAAUGGCUAACAUAUAUCUUUAUGUGUUAAAGUCUUUGGGAAUGCUUAAUUGA